AUGUCUACGAGGGCAGCACAGGCAAGCUCUCUGCUAUCAAAUAAGGAUGCAUCAUCUUCAUCCAGGAUCAAAGCUGAAGUUACGCCAAAGGAAGACGCGUCCCCUUCUUUAGGAGAAUCAUCUUCGACUGAUCCCAAUACAUCAUCAGCAAGAACAAGGAAAAGACGUCUGGACGUGGAUACAAGUUUGAUCAUAAGUGAAGAAAGAUCAAAGAGGAGGACAACACCGAAUCAUGAAAAUGAUCAUUCCCAAGCACAUGGAAAUACUCAAGAUCAAACGAAUGAAGAUCAACAUGGUAAAGAUCCCAUAAAAGUUAAAGAAUUAGGAUAUAUCCUAUAUGGAAAAAUGAUGGAUGCUAAAGACUCAGAAGGAAACAAGAUGUGUGAUCCAUUUAUCAAACUACCGAAUAAAAGAGCACUUCCAGACUACUAUGAGACUAUUAAACACCCCAUGAGCUUGGAGAUAGUACAUGCCAAGCUGGAAUCAAAUCAAUACCAGUCGCUCAAGGACGUCUGUUCAGAUUUAGGCCAAAUAUUCAAUAAUGCUAAACGAUACAACGUCAGAGAAUCGUUGAUAUUUCAGUAUGCCAAAAAACUACACAAAAUGACCCGAGUGUACUACUCUAAUAUCGCAAAUCCAGGCAAGAAAGACGAAUCUGAUUCUGAAGGUGAACAUGACAGUCGAUCUCUUUCCAGAGGAAUCACCAUGCAACCUACUAUCUCAGCAGAAGGGUAUGAUGAUGAUCAAGAUGCUGAAGGUGAAGUUGAUCCAGAAGGUGAGGGUGAAGGUGAAGGUGAUAUUGAAAUGGGUGAACCAUUAAGUACGAACGUAGACGGGACUGCUAGUGGCAACGAGAAUCUCACCUUAGCUGGAUUACCUAGAAAGAGACAGAGAAGAAAAGGAGCAUAUAUGAAAGAUGGUCCUUCAGUGUACAAACUAAUCAAACCAGUUCUAAGAGCUAUAAAGGAAACAAGAGCUAAAGAUGGAAGUGGAAGAGAAAUUACUGGUAUAUUCUUGAAAUUACCUGAGAGAAGAGAUUUACCAGAUUAUUACAAGACAAUCAAAGAUCCUAUAUCAUUAGAAGAAAUCGAGAGCAAACAACUUGGAAGGAGAUAUGAAUCUUUCGAAGAGUUCGUAUACGACAUCGACCUUAUGUGUAAAAACGCUAUGGAGUAUAACGAGGAUGGAAGUGAAGUACAUAGAGAUGCUCAGCAAAUCAAGGAGGUUGUUGCACGUUACCGCAAUGCCCCGAAACCUCGACCGUCUUCCGUGACUCCUGCACCUGCCUCUGGUCCUGCUUUUGGCUACAUGGGUAAUCAGAUGCUUGGAACCAGACCGUCUUACCCGCCUUUCCCAACGUCCUUCUCACAAUCGCCUGUAUUUAUGCCACCUUCUGGGCCAAAUCCAUCAGCGUAUUCCCCUGGACCAUCGAGACUUCCACCUCCUGUAGGACACGGUACAAGACCUUUCCUUCCAGCUUUACCACCCGGAGUAGUGACUGAAGAAGUGGUAGCUUCACUGAAUCGAUAUCCGCCAUAUGAACAACAAGCUUGGGCACAGUCAUUACCUCCUUUAGCGAUGAACAUCUAUCGAUCAAUGUUAGCCACGAAUGAAGCCAGAAAGAGAAGCUUACCACCUACACCACAACAUCAACCUCAAUCUCAUCAUCACUACCCUCCUCAAAUCCUACCUCAGGCGCAAUCUCAGUCACAGUCAUAUGCACAACGGUCGCAACCCCAACCCAAUUCUACUUCCGGUCCUCAACGUCCUCCCGUCAUCCAUCAACAUUCUUCAACCCCUCGACCUGAUCUAAAUUCAAGACAAAGCUAUGGUAAUCCUCCUGCCCCGAUCCCAACUUCAACCCCGACCCCAGUACCGCGACCUGAAAGACCUAAGCCACCUAUUCCAACCAUUAAAUAUCUCGAUUUCGGAUUCAAUCCUGCUAGUACCAAAUCGCUUUCACGUGAGAUACUCAGAUUAAACAACUUCCGAGGAGUUGUAACGCAUUCAAUAAUCUUAAAUUCAACAACGAGUGAAAUCGAAUUAACGGCUUACAUAGCUGACCAAUCUUCUUCUUCUUCCCCUGUGCCGUCGUCUUCUGCGAAUCCUGCGCAGUCUAUUGGGACAGAAGAUAAUGCAAGUAAUGGUAAUAGUACGAUCGUGGCGCAACCUGUUACAACACCUGAAUUAUCUUUGAGAGUUAAUGGAAAUCAAGGUUCAUUACCCAAAUUUAUAUUCUCGAAUGGAAGUGAAGAUGGUAUACAAGGUGAAAGACCAAAAGCUAUGAGAUGGACAAUACACGUAUCGACAAGUAGAAUAGAGAGUAAAAUCGAAGUAAUAGCUACUAAACCUGGUGCAUUGGCUGAGACUACCACUAUAUUCGUUAGUAGGCAAUAUUAG